AUGAAUGCCAACGAUUCUAUGACUUUAUGGAGCUCCUACAAAACCACCGAGCAGCGGGCCGGACCCCUACCAACCACAUCGACUCCACUCAAGACUCCCAGGUCUCAUAAAGGUCUUAUUCCGGAGGAACCGAAUAUGACAACAAUUGUUGUAGAAACGGAGCAAGAUGAGAAUAGAAAUCUAUGCAAUUCCACUCAAAGUCUGCACAUUUCGUGCCAGAACUGCCGAGAAAUGAAGAUAGAGCUCCAGGAGCUACGGAAGAAGGUUGAGAAGCAGGCCCAGACCAGUGAAAUGGACUCAUCUGAAUCUCAACAUGGGAACGGGUCCACUGCAAGCAGCCUCAACAAAAACACACUUAUCCAAAGAGUCACGCCCACAAAACGAGAGACGUCAGGGUCCGGGAGCACGAGCACAAGUAGCAGCUCUUCGACUCCAGUUGUCAGGCAGAUUCUGCAAAAUCUGGUCACUCCAAGGUCUGGAAGGACUCCACGCCCGGCAUCUGCAAAUAGAACUAGGACACCUACUGGAACACCAAAUAUGGCAAGAAAUAUUAGGCAGGCUACGAAUAGAACAAGUUCUAGCAGUGAUUCUCCGAUCGCUCAUAUAACUCCGCAGUCAUCAAACCGAAGAUUACGACUACCCCCGACUACCAGAAUCCCACAAUCAGAGCCACUUGGUGCUCGUGCUCGUCCAGUACAUUUUGAGUCACCGUCACCCAGAUUUGUAGCAGCUACAAGAAGGUCACAAUCAAGAAGACGGCUAUUUACAGAUGAGCCGCCAGUGGAACCACCAAGACGGGAUUUGAAUCAAUACCUCCGAUCUCGCAGUGAAAACGCCAUCGAACACCUUAACAUCUCCCCAGUAAAAGAUGAUCAGUGGGCGGAAGCGUGUCCACCAAGACUACAUUUGGAACGAAAUCGACCGGAGUUCAUAGAACGUGUGGAGGCUCGACAGAGUAUUAUAAGAGCGGCUGCUGAGAAAAGAGCGGAAAUCGAACAAAGGAAACGGAUGGCGGCGAGAGCAGUGGCAAGUGGACAGCGAAGCGUGGAGAGUGUGAGCAGGGAGCUAUUUGCGGACUCAACGGCGGUUAAGGCGUUCUAUGAAAAAGAUAUGAAGGAGAUCACAUUAAAAAACAUCCGGAAGUCACAGUCCUAUCAAAAUAGAAUGUACCAAAGGAUCGCUACAGUCGAUAGGCAUGCGAAUCGAAUUAUUGCUCAGACUCAUAGCUUGAGAGCCCGCUCCACUUCUAGGUCAAGACUCAACUAUUAA